AUGGGCGGAUCAUCUUCAAGUCAAUAUAGUGCAAAAUUACGUAAUAAAGCAGAAAUAUCUGAAAAUGAAGUACAUAAAGUAAUAGAUGAGACUUCAGGUGGAACGGCUGUUAUGAAUCAGAGUCGUAUAUCUAGUAUUGAGAGGAGUAGUGUAAGUACUGGUAUGUUUGUGCAGAGUGGAAGUGGAUCAUUUGCUGAAAAAUAUAGUAUAAUAUGUUUGUUAGGUAAAGGUUCAUUUGGGGAAGUUAUAAAGUGUAAAGAUCGCGUAACAAGUACGGAAUAUGCUGUUAAGGUUAUUAACAAACAGAAUGCAAAAAAUAAAGAUACCAGCACUAUUUUGAAAGAAGUUGAUCUACUUAAGAAAUUAGAUCAUCCAAAUAUUAUGAAAUUAUUUGAAAUUUUGGAGGAUUCUAAUAGUUACUAUAUUGUAAGUGAAUUAUAUACAGGUGGAGAAUUAUUUGAUGAGAUUAUUAAAAGAAAAAGGUUUAGUGAAAUAGAUGCAGCUAGGAUAAUUAAACAAGUUUUUUCUGGAGUUACAUAUAUGCAUAAACAUAGUAUUGUACAUAGAGAUUUGAAACCAGAAAACAUUUUAUUACAAUCAAAAGAAAAGAAUUGUGAUAUUAAAGUAAUUGAUUUUGGUUUGUCUACUUGUUUCCAACCGAAUACAAAGAUGAGAGAUAGAAUUGGAACUGCAUAUUAUAUUGCUCCUGAAGUUUUAAGGGGUACUUAUGAUGAAAAAUGUGAUAUUUGGUCAAUGGGUGUAAUUUUAUAUAUAUUAUUAUCUGGUACUCCACCAUUUUAUGGAAGAAAUGAAUAUGAUAUUCUUAAACGUGUUGAAACUGGUAAAUAUGCCUUUGAUUUACCACAGUGGAAAAGUGUUUCUGAAGAGGCAAAGGAUCUUAUUCGUAAGAUGCUCACUUUUCAUCCCUCACUUAGAAUAUCAGCUGCUCAGUGCCUUGAACACUCAUGGAUACAAAAGUAUGCAAUAGAAUCCCCAUCAAUUGAUGAUUUACCUUCUUUAGAGUCAGCAAUGACUAAUAUACAACACUUUCAAGCUGAAAAAAAGCUUGCACAAGCAGCAUUAUUAUAUAUGGCUAGUAGACUGACAACUCAUGAAGAGACAAAAAAACUUACAGAUAUUUUUAGAAAAUUAGACCUUAAUAAUGAUGGGAUGUUGGAUAGAAAUGAGCUUAUUAGGGGUUAUCAAGAUUUUGUUAGACUUAAAGAUAUUGAUUCCCUAUCUAAUAACCGUACUAGUACAAAUUUUAGUAAUAUAAAUAUUGAAGAACAGGUAGAUAGUUUGAUGCCAUUAUUAGAUAUGGAUAAAUCUGGAUCUAUUGGAUAUUCAGAAUUUGUCACUUGUGCUAUUGAUAGAAAUGUCUUAUUAAGUAAAGAGCGAAUGGAAAGAGCUUUCCAGAUGUUUGAUAAGGAUGGGUCUGGUAAAAUUUCAACUCAAGAACUUUUUAGAUUAUUUUCUCAAGAGGACGACAAAAUAGAGAUGAGUGAAUUAAAAAAGAUUAUAAAGCAAGUUGAUAAGAAUAAUGAUGGAGGAGUGGAUUUUAAUGAAUUUGUUGAAAUGUUGCAAAAUCUUGUUCCAUGUUCUAAUUAA